GAAGUAGCUUUAGGGCGCUUAGAAAUGACGUCACACGAAAACGAGCGCUUGAAAUUCUCGCGAUUAGUUUAAAAUUCGAAAAUGUAGAUUGUAUAAAAAAAACUGACCACCCGAAAGAAUUGAACGGAUUGCAGCUACUUUAGUGUGCACAAUGGCAGACAACGUUUCAGUUGAGGAAAGCAGCUCAAGUACACUUUUUGAAGUAUUAAUGAAUGGAGCUUUUGAUUCUAGUAACCUGCACAACAUUUCUGAUAUUCUGGACUCUUCAAGCAAGAGCAGUUGUUCAGAUUCUGCAGAUUUAUUUGUUCCUGAAACACCAAGCCCAGUUUUUUCUAAAAUGAAGUGUGGACAACAGAAGUAUUUAAGGAGUGAAAACAAUGUGAAAAAUGAAGAUCAUUUUACCAAUGGUUUUUCUCAUAGCAUUGCCAACAAACAGAAAAUGAUUAUUAGUAAGGACACAAGCACAUCAAGUUUUAUUCAGGAAUCUCCAAAAAUAAAACGAAGAAGAAUUGAUCUGCUUGAUAAUCCCCGGCAGCCAAAUAUUAAGGACAAUGAAAAACCUAGCUGUAGCACUUCAGCAAACAUCGGCUGUCCAUUAAAUGGACCUUUGUCUUCUUGCUUCUUGAUGGAUUCAGGAACAUCUACAUCCAGGGACAUGUUGCCUGGUGUUUCAUGUUCACGUCAUGGUAUUCAACAAAAGUCUUAUAAUUUCGAGCUUUUACUGGAGGGGGAAAGACUUGUCACACGUGCUUUGCUCAAAGAUGUGGAAAAACCUAUAUCUGCAAGUCAUCGAUUGGAAGCACAUAAAACUGGAAAGUCUGUUUCAAAAUCAAAAAGGCAAAUGCAAGUUGGUAAAACUGAAUCCCUAUCCAGCAUAACAAACAAUGUUGCAUUGAAUAAAUCUAGCAGAGGAUCACCAACGGCUAGUUGUUCUACCGCAGCUGAGAUGUCUAGCUCCAGUGGAGACUCAAAAAGGCAUAAUCUAACCAAAGGACAGAAUCAUAACUUCCGUAGAAGUCAUUUGUCACCUAAGAAUAAUGAAAAAGAGGAGUUGAUAAUCAUAGAUGACGACGAUGACAGUGAUGAUUGUGCUGUACGUGCAGCUCAGAUAGAAGAAGAUAGAGCCUUUGCUCUAAGUCUUCAGGCAGUAUUUGACAGCGAAUUGGAGAGUGAACCAUCUACAGCACCAGAACCUGUAAUAGAGUUCUGUUGCAUUCCAGGCUGUUCUGUUAAUGCUCCCAGGGAGUUUGGGUACUGCUCAAGACCAGGAUGCAGUGAAAGUGGUGUCUUGCGACACAGUGCUCCUAGAACCUUUGACCAUCAUUUGGUGAUGUUUCAAAGUUCUGCAGCAAAUGUUUCUCUGUCUGUAAAUAGAAGAAACCAAGGCACACGACGAAGAUGGCCAAUGCAUACCCUGCAAGAUAUACUUGAUGACAGCCAAGGCGAUCACUAUGAGGAGCUUCUGUCUUUAGAGGAGAGACUUGGCGAAGUUGUAACAAAGAAAAUGAGCUCCGCGCAGAUAAACUGUUUACCUACCAAAACCUUUAACUCUGCGAGUGCGGCUGGAAAGACAAUCUGUCAGAUCUGCUACUGUGACUACAAGGAGCGAGAAAAGUUACGGAUACUGCCAUGUCUACAUGAUUAUCACACUCGUUGCAUUGAUCGCUGGUUAAAGAAAAAUUCCACAUGUCCUAUCUGCAGAGCAGAUGCUGCAUCAAACAUAUUGUGAAAGACCACAUGAUGAUACACCAACCUCUCUGGGUUCAUGGCUUUAUUUUGUUCGUAUUUGUUGGAUACUCAGGGAAUUAAUAUCAAUGUUGAAUGUUGUCAUUGUUUUUAAUAUAUAUUUGAUGGAAAUGCUUUUCUUUUUAAUAUUUAAUGUUUCAAAUAAAACUGUGUUCUCAUUUUAGCCGGUCCAAAUAAACACAAACUACUCAACUGAUGUAACAAUUCAGGUUGUACUUCCACCAAGGGGCAAAUGAUGUGUAACAUUAGUAUUUUAUAUAAUAAAACCUAUAAUUUUUGAUAGGCAAUGUAUAUAUGUACAUUGUUUUCAUUUUUCCUCUUAAAUCUUUUAAAGAUGCAUUCUUCAUUUAAUUUCAAGAUGUCUAUUUCAUUUACAUUUUCAUUUUUCAUUUCUAAUCAACUUGGUAGACUUUGGGAUACAAAAAUAAAAGUUUUACAUACUCUU